AGCUGAGCAUUUCAUAAUUUUCAUAACAUGUCAAUUUGUUAAUUUUAUUUAAAUAAAAAAUACGAAAAGGAGAUAACUAUGGUAUUUUAGACAUUGAAAAACAAGCAUUGUUAUGGAGCAUUUACUAAGGGGAAAAUUUGGCCGCAUCAUUAUUAAUAAAUAUUCACACUAUCCUUUAAAAUAUGGAUCUCAAAGGCAUUCCCAGAGGGGGAUCUGCAGUGUAUGGAGUGGCAGGGCAUUGGACAGAGCCAGGCCACUAUUGAAACAACAUUAUUAUAAUGAAAGACGAGAAUAUGGGAUGUUGAUUGUGAAAGCUCUUCGUGGAGUACUAAAAAUCAGAUAUUUGCUGAUUGGAGGUGCUGUAGCAGGUGGUGGAGCCCUACAGAAGAAAUACACUGAUUGGAAAAAUGGUUUGCCAGAUUUGAAAUGGCUAGAAGAUGUUCUACCUGACAAUGAAAAAUGGCAUGAAUGGAGAGGGAAUUUAAUUGAUUUCAAAGAUAAUAUCAAAAAUAAUGUUGAAAUAGAUCCUAGACUGAAGGCCCUCUCAGAAUCAAAAUAUAGGGAAUUUCGAACUUGGUUUGAUGGAAGAUUAGAUGAUGCUAUUGCAGCAGCUGAAGCUCUGGAAAAAUCUAAACCAGGUGCUUUUACCACUGUUUCAAGAAUGUCAACCAUUAUUUCAGAUGUAAAGCAAGAAAUAACAGAUAAAACAGUGGUUUAUGCCAGGCCUUUUGCGAGAUCAGACUCUGACAAUGAUCAAGCAAGAAAAGAUGCCCAAGAAAGGCUGAAUCAUAUACAGGAUGAGAUGAUGCAGACCCAAAUUAAGUACCAGAGAGAACUGGAGAGGCUAGAAAAAGAAAACAAGGAGCUGAGGAAACAAAACCUAUUAUUGAAGCAAGGGAAAAAACCCAAUACUAGGAAAAUCAAAAGGAGUUUGAUUGACAUGUACAGUGAAGUGUUGGAUGAACUGGCAGAUUUUGAUAGUGGGUAUAACACCCAAGACCAGUUGCCUAGAGUUGUGGUUGUUGGGGACCAGAGUAGUGGGAAAACUUCUGUUUUAGAGAUGAUAGCUCAGGCUAGAAUUUUUCCAAGAGGGGCUGGUGAAAUGAUGACAAGAGCUCCGGUAAAAGUGACCCUUUCUGAGGGGCCUUAUCACAUAGCCCAAUUCAGAGAUUCCACAAGAGAAUUUGAUUUGACCAAAGAAUCCGAUUUGGCAGAUUUGCGAAGGGAAGUUGAAUUGAGAAUGAGGAAUAGCGUGAAGGGUGGAAAAACCGUUUCAAGUGAUGUUAUUUCCAUGACAGUGAAAGGACCUGGUAUUCAGAGAAUGGUGUUGGUAGAUUUGCCUGGUAUAAUUUCAACACAAACUACCGAUAUGGCAUCAGAUACAAGAGAGAAUAUCAAACUGAUGACUCAGACAUAUAUGAACAAUCCUAACGCCAUCAUUUUAUGUAUUCAGGAUGGUUCAGUAGAUGCUGAAAGAAGUAACGUUACCGAUUUAGUAGCUUCCUGUGAUCCCAGCGGCAAGAGAACUAUUUUCGUCUUAACCAAAGUUGAUAUGGCUGAAGAAAAUUUGGCUGAUCCCAAUAGGAUACGGAAAAUUUUGUCUGGGAAACUGUUCCCCAUGAAAGCCUUAGGAUAUUUUGCUGUGGUGACUGGCAGAGGAAGAAAAGAUGAUGCCAUUCAAACUAUCAAAGAUUAUGAGGAGAAUUUUUUCAGAGGGUCAAAACUCUUCAAAGACGGAAUCGUGAAAUCUACUCAAGUGACAACACGUAAUCUCAGUCUUGCUGUAGCUGAUUGUUUCUGGAAAAUGGUGAAAGAAAGCGUGGACCAACAAGCAGACGCAUUCAAAGCGAGACGUUACAACUUGGAAAGUGAAUGGAAAAACAAUUUUCCUAGAUUGAGAGAACAAGACAGAGACGAACUGUUCGAGAGAGCGAGAGGGGAGAUUCUCGAUGAAAUCGUCAACUUGUCUCAAGUCAGUCCCAAACAUUGGGAAGAGUGUUUGCUUCACAAGAUUUGGGAGAAAGUUUCCACACAUGUUUUUGAAAAUAUUUAUAUUCCAGCUGUACACACUGGAUCUGCAGAGACCUUCAAUACGGCGGUCGACAUCAAACUGCGUCAGUGGGCGGACUCGGAGUUACCCGCAAGGGCGGUCGACGCUGGCUGGGAGACGCUGCAGUCCGAGUUCGAGAAGUUCAUGCGCAAAGCCGCCACCGCCCCCGACCACGACGACAUCUUCGAUCAGCUGAAGGAGGCGGUGGUCGCUGAGGCCAUGCAGCGGCACAGCUGGGAGGGCAAGGCCUCCGAGAUGUUGAGGGUCAUUCAAUUGAACGCCUUGGAUGACAGGACUAUAGGCGACAAACGAGAUUGGGACGAGGCCGUCAAAUUCCUGGAGUCCAGCGUCAAGGAAAAGCUGAAGGAUAGCGAGAGAGCGUUAAGGGAAAUCCUAGGUCCUUCUACCAAAGAAAGAUGGCUCUAUUGGAGGUACCAAAACGACGUAGAAUCGAAAAGGCAGAGCGUCAAAAACGAGUUGGACAAAAUCCUGCAUUCCAAUGAGAAACACCCUCCGAUUCUGAGCUACGAUGAGCUGACGACCAUCCGCAACAAUUUGCAGCGCAGCGACAUAGAGGUGGAUAACGAGUUCAUCAGACAAGUGUGGGAGGCCGUCCAUAGGCGGUACUUUCUCAGCAAAGCGUUACUCAAGGCUCAUGACUGCCGAAGAGAAUUUUAUUUGUACCACCAGCAAGCUGACGUCGAUUGUUCCGAUGUAGUGCUCUUCCACAGAAUCCAGCAGAUGAUGAAGGUGACCUCCAAUGCACUUAGGCAACAGAUCACCAACAGGGAGGCUAGGAGAUUAGAUAAAGAAAUUAAGGAGGUAUUAGAAGAUUAUAGUCAAGAUUCAGAGAAGAAAAUAAGGUUACUUACUGGUAGGAGAGUUACCCUAGCUGAGGAAUUGAAAAGGGUUCGUCAAAUUCAGGAGAAAUUAGAAGAAUUUAUACAAGCGCUUAACAAAGAAAAAUAAUGUCUAGUCCCAGUUAUUUUAAGAUUCAAAUAUUCUUUUGUCCUUUUUCAACUUUUCAGUCAUUUACUUUAUUAAUUUUGAAAUAAUAAAUGUGUACAUAUUACUCAC